UCAUACUCACACCAAGUUCUCGUUCGGUUCAUUCAAUUUCGGCCUUCAUUCAUUCCCAUUUUCAUUUUUCAUUCAUUUUUUGUGCCGAGCGGACAUGCCGAACGUGGUGCUCUGACAAAUCUGUUAAUUUGAACUCUUGCUUGCUUCCGUGCUGCUGUUUACCUUAUUGCGCGAUUCCGCGAAUCGAAAGUUUAAAGUUCUUAUCUUACGUGUGUCGUAAGAUAGAACCGUGCAAUCGAGAAUUCGUACGUAAUACCGUCGUACCGCAUUAUCUAAAGAUCGCGGAAUAUUGCUACAAUUCGAAACCAUUACGCACGUUUGCAACGCAUGGAUAGAUAGAUACCUCUAGUAUUGGUUGGGUGGCUGAUUACGUACCAAGCGGUACCAUACUAUUGUUGUUAAAAUAAGCCCAGAAAGUGUGUGCAACUCAGUGCUCUAACAUCGACCAGUUGAUGGUGGUGCUUGCAGCGACUUAAUUGUAUAGCGCGUAUUUGGCAAUCUAAUCUGUGCGCUAUUGUGUGUCUACUUGCGCGUGUGUUUGUUGCGUGUGCUUGCGUGUGUGUGUGUGUGUGUGUGCGAGGUUUCGUCGCGCUUACGGUGGUAACAAUUACGUCGGGUCCGCGUGGGAUCGUUAGUUAUUGUACAUAGCCAAUAGUGACUAGCUUGUGUUGGGAGUUGUGAAAAAUAAAGGAAACGGCAAUGCCAUCAAGACCGGACUUUGCUGCUGAGAUCAGCAAAGAUAGAAUCGGUGGUGAGAAUUGAGCACAAAGUAUACGCACAAUAGCUGUACAAAUUCGCGCGUGACUUUUGAUUAAACAAACAUUACUGGUGGGCGAUGGUGUAUUGAACAAACCAGCGGACAAAACAUAUUUCGAGCGUUCGAAAAUUCUUCUGUUUGCAAAUUUCCAUUUGCUUGUUGUUGUGAUUAAACGGCACCAAAAACGACAAACGUGUCAAUGGAGGAAGCUAGCUUUAUGCUGACGGAAAUUCCGGGCGGUUUCAUAUCGCACCGACCGCACACGAUCGCCGGUGGACAUCAUCAUCGGUUCGCGCCCUAUCCGGUAGUUUUGCAUCAGCCCCACCUGCAACAGUCGGCCAACUCGCCAGCGAUAUACACCAUUCCAUCGCAUCAUUUAUCGCAUCAUCAUGCCCACUCGCAUCAUGCCGCUCAUGCCGGACAUCAUGCGGCGCACCAUCAUCAUCACGCAGCGAUCCGGUCAGCGAACCGUCCCAAAAGUCCGAUCACACCGCCGACACAGGCCAUCGAGGAGGAGGGCACACACAUCGGACAUCUUUACCCGGAGAUACUAGCCAUGAUCUUCGCUAAGCUAAGUGUCCGGGAUCGUGGUCGUGCAGCACAAGUGUGCACUGUAUGGCGUGACGCUGCGUACGCGAAAAGCUGCUGGCGGGGCGUUGAGGCCAGUCUCCAUCUACGGCGGCCUUCGCCGACAUUAUUUGGCUCGCUGGUCAAACGUGGCAUCAAACGCGUCCAGGUGUUAUCGGUACGCCGCGCUCUAAAGGACAUUGUGACCGGCGUUCCGAACUUGGAGUCGCUGAAUCUGAGCGGCUGUUAUAAUAUCACCGACAUGGCUAUAGGUCACGCAUUUGCUGCCGACUUUCCUAACCUAAAGGUGCUCAAUUUGUCACUUUGCAAGCAGGUGACCGAUUCGAGCCUUGGACGCAUCACACAACACUUGAAAAACAUUGAAGUACUAGAGCUCGGUGGCUGCAGCAACAUCACCAACACGGGUCUGCUUCUUAUUUCGUGGGGUCUGAAGAAGCUGCGCCGUCUUAAUCUACGCUCCUGUUGGCACAUUUCGGACCACGGUAUCGGCCAUCUUGCGGGGCUUAGCAAAGAAACGGCGGAUGGAACUCCGGCCCUCGAGUACCUAGGGUUGCAGGAUUGUCAACGGCUCUCCGACGAAGCGCUACGGCACAUCGCCCAAGGUCUCAGCUCGCUACGGUCAAUCAAUCUGAGCUUCUGCGUUUCCGUCACCGACAGUGGGUUAAAGCAUCUGGCGCGUAUGUCGCGCCUGGAGGAGCUGAAUUUGCGCGCCUGUGAUAACAUAUCGGACAUCGGUAUGGCGUACCUGACGGAAGGCUGCAGCUCGAUCUCAACGCUGGAUGUUAGCUUCUGUGAUAAGGUGGCCGACCAGGCCAUGGUGCACAUUUCGCAAGGUCUAUUCCAGCUGCGCUCUCUAAGCCUCAGCGCGUGUCAAAUCACGGAUGAAGGUCUUUCUCGCAUUGCCAAAUCGCUUCACGAUCUAGAGACGCUCAACAUUGGCCAGUGUAGUCGCGUUACCGAUCGUGGGUUAGAAAUUGUGGCUACAGAACUGGUCAACUUACGUGCCAUCGAUCUUUACGGUUGCACCCGGCUAACACCGAAUGCGAUGCAAAAGAUUAAUCAAUUGCCGCGACUGUCGAAGGUUAAUCUUGGUCUUUGGCAUGUCCGGUGAUGUGCUGUACGACAUUAAAGUACUAUGUUUUAGGUAGAAGGUUUAGAAGCUGGGGAUAACAGAAACAGAAAAGGCAUUCGUUUUGCGAUAUAGUUGAAGAAGAAACGAAGAAGAAAAAAAGCAUCUAAAAUAGACCGAAAAGAAUCGCGAACGCUUUAUGUUGAUUGUAAGUAGCGUUACAAUAUUCAAUUUUAGAUUAUUUUAGUAACAAAUACUUCUCCGCAGUCCUUUCCAUUUUCAUUGUAUGUUUGUUUUAUGAAAAAAAAACAAUGUUAUUUUGUUAGCUUAUUUUCAAUUUAUAUCAGUACACGACAAAGAUUAAGCAUUAAACCAUUAUCCCAAAAUACAUGUGCCAGACUCGGGAGCAAAAAGAAGAAAAGGCUAUUGUGAUCGCAGGUAAGGUUUUAUGUGAGUGAGGAUUUUUUUCGGAAUUACUCCGAAACGAACGUCGACCAUCUCCCGGUGCAGGAGAUUCGUUGUUGUACGGUAUGUGUUACGUUAAAGGCUUUAAUUGUAUCAUAAUUAAUUAUUAUUAUAAGUUACACAAAUUUUGUGCUGUACCAAAAGGAUGACAAGGGGGAAGGGAGUUUCUUUCCCUUCUCGCUUCUCCGUUAUUGUUCAGAAAAAUGUACUCCGAUGCGCUUUGAACGUGUGUGAUCGGUUUAGUAUAGUCCCCCCCAAAAAAAAACCAGAACUUGAACAAUCCUAGGUCAGACGUUUUCCAAUUCAAAAGUGGUUAUACUGCAGGUCUCUCGAAGUAAGACGCGUCUAAAACUCUCGUAGGGAUAUAUUGUUGUAGUGUUAAGUAAAACAAUUAGGACAAAACCAAAAGCCAUACGAUUCAAAUGAUUUAAAUUGUUCGCAGACUGCAGCUGAAAGAAAUUGUAGGUGGGUGGGUUAGAGAGAGAGAGAGAGAGAGAAAGUAAAAUUGUAAACUCAAACCAAGCAGUUCGAUCUCCGUUCCGUUUCAAUGUUUUUUUUUCAAAAAAACAAAACGGGAACAUUACAGAACACAAGCCAAUAAAGAGCAAGGCAGGAAAAGAAUAAAGUAUCAUGUAUUUAUUAUACAUUUGCGGAAACAAGCCUAGAAUCUGGUUAGUUAAAAGAAAAACAGCAAACACGGGGUAAGGUGCGUUCUUCUCAGUGUAUUAGGUUCGCGUAAUGUGCGGUGAAGAAAAACAUUUCCCCGUCAGCCGUACGUACACCACCUGCGAUCAUGCCUCCGAAGGCGCAUAACAUACAUGUUUAAUAUAUGUAAAGGAGAGUAGUUGGGUAUGAUGCAUCAGCUGGUAUCAAGAACAAUUCCUGUACGAUGUGUUUAUCAUCGGUUUGAGAAAGAACACUGGAAAAGAAAAUAAUGGAAAGAUUAAAACCAAAUAUUGAAAACAA